ACUGUGAAAUAAUAAUGGCACAACCAAAUCUCGGGGUCGUGCAGGGCUGGGAAAGCAAAGCAAAACAAAGGUAAAAAACGAAAGGGUUAUAUCGUGCUCACCAACCUAACCUAUCAAUGGCUUAAUGAUUUAUGAAUUAUGAUACCCAACUUGGGUUAUAAAUAAUGAUUCCAACAGCUGAAGAAGUAACAACUUACCUAACCAAUAACCCUGAGUUUGCCAAAGAAUAUUUUUUAAAACAUGCAAGUCCAAAACUUGUCGAGAACUGGGUUUUGCAUCGAUCCCAACGUUUGUCAAUACCGUCUGUAAAUAGAGUCAAUAAGUUGUCAUCAAAUUCAUGCGCAGAUUUCUCCUCACCAUCUUCCUUAAAGCCAUUGAAUUUACGUUCUGUAAACGAUGAUGUUGGCGGUGAUUUUGUGCCCAAAAAAAAGAAAAAAACUGCAGAAGAACUGGCUGGAUUAAAUGAAAAAGAACUGUUAAUGGAAUUGAUUAGAGACAUUGCUUAUGAGUUAGAUGUUGACUCUUUAUCACACAAGAUAUUAGUUAAUGUGUGCCACUUAAUCAAUGCUGACAGAAGCUCUUUAUUUCUCUGCAAAGGUCACAAGGAUAGAAAAUAUUUAAUGUCUAGAUUGUUUGAUGUAACUGCAGAUUCUACUGUAGAGGAAGCUGUUAAACCUACUGAGAAAGCUAUUAUCAUACCAUAUGGAGUGGGAAUAGCUGGUUAUGCUGCUGCUUCUGGUGAAACAAUUAAUAUAAAAGAUGCAUAUAAGGAUCCUAGAUUUAAUCCUGGUGUAGAUCAAGAUACUGGGUAUCGCACUCAUAGCAUCUUGUGUAUGCCUAUUAAAAAUCAAGAAAGUGAGGUAAUUGGUGUGGCCCAAUUGAUCAAUAAAAAAGAUGCUAGUCAAAUGUUUACAGAAAAAGACGAACAGGUUUUUCGGGAUUACUUGACAUUUUGUGGCAUAGGCUUAACAAAUGCUCAAUUGUUCAAUGCAUCUGUCCAGGAAUAUGAAAGGAACCAGGUAUUGCUAAAUUUAGCACGAAACAUUUUUGAAGAUACAGAAUGUCUAGAAACAGUUGUACGUAGAAUUAUGACACAGGCUCAAGAAAUGAUGCAGUGUGAGCGGUGCACAGUUUAUAUUAUUAAUAGAAACACAGAAGAUGAAGAAGAAGAGGAUAUUCGAUUUUCUCAGGUUUUCGAUUUGAUAAAUAAUGUGAAAGAAAAGGCAGAAAAUGAUGAUUACUAUAAAAAUCUAGCUGAAAAAAGUACAUCUUCCCAUCCUGUUUAUGCUGGAUUUGCAAUGCUAGCAGUAAAAAAUGGAGAGAUUUUAAAUAUUGAUAGUUUUACAAAAGACGACCACUUCUCUUCAUCUGAAACUCUUGGAAAGUAUGAUGAUGAUGUGUUCAAAGCAAAAUGCAUGUUGUGUUGCCCUAUAUUCAACAACAAACAAGAAAUAAUUGGUGUUGCACAGCUAUUUAACAAGAGGGAUGCCCACUCAUUUGAUGAAGGUGAUGAAAUCAUGUUCGAGGGUUUUUCAAUCUUUUGUGGUCUUGGUAUUCACAACACGCAAAUGUUUGAGAAGGCUUCAAUAAUGUUGGCACGUCAAAAUGUCAAUAUGGAGGUACUGCAAUACCAUGCAAGCGCUGGGCCUGUGGAUACAGAUGAAUUAGUUAAAGACGUUAUCCCCGUUUCCGACCAGUAUGAUCUGUGUUCAUUUGACUUUGAUGAUAUAAAUAUGACUGAUCAUGAAACAUGUUUAAUGUCAAUGCGAAUGUUCCUCGACCAAGAUCUGUUACGCAAGUGCAAAGUCCCAUACAAAAAAAUGUGUCAAUUUAUAUUAACAGUUAAAAAAAAUUAUCGACCAGUUACCUAUCACAAUUGGAGGCAUGCAUUCAAUGUCGGUCAGACAAUGUUUACGUUACUGCAGACUGGUCAAAUGUUCUCAUGGUUUACAGACCUUGAAUCUCUGGUAUUGUUAGUUGCAUGUCUGUGUCAUGAUCUCGAUCACAGAGGAACUAACAAUACGUUCCAACAAAAAACGGAAUCACCCAUAGCCCGCUUAUAUGGCACUUCCACAAUGGAAAGGCAUCAUUUUGAUCAUUCUGUCAUGAUUUUAAAAUCAGAAGGCUGCAACAUCUUUGAUUCUUUAAAUGAUGAAGAUUAUAAAUUAGUGAUGAAAUUGUUGGAAGAAGCCAUAUUAUCCACAGACCUUGCGCUCUAUUUUAAAAAAAGAGCAAGCUUUCAAAAUCUAGUUGAGACGAGACAAGCGGAUUGGACACAAUUUGAAAACAGAGGUGUUUUGAGAGGGAUGAUGAUGACAGCAUGUGAUGUUGCCGCAAUAACAAAACCAUGGGAAAUCCAACAAAGGGUUGCCGAGUUAGUAGCUAGUGAAUUCUUUGAGCAAGGUGAUAUAGAAAGGAAUGAAUUAUCCUCAGAGCCUAUUCCAAUGAUGGAUCGUGAAAAACACGGCGAAUUACCCAAGAUGCAAGUUGGUUUCAUCGACUUUGUCUGCUUGCCACUAUAUAAGGUAUUUUAUCACAUCAAUCCACUUUUAAAACCACUCUACGAUGGAGUUGUAAACAACAAGAAAAAUUGGCAAAACAUGAUUGAAACGUAUGUUCCGGAGAAUGUGGUUAUCAAGGAGCCUCCAAAGGAUCGAAAAGCUAGCAGGGCACACCAUGGGGCUUCCAAAAAACCAAAAGUCUCGUUUUCAAUCGAAGCGAGUCCGAAGUCUAAAAGUUGUGUAAUUUUGUAAAAAUAUUGUAUUUCGCGAGUUUUUUUAUGUUUGAGGCAAUUAUAAAUUUUAAUGCAAGAAAAUUGUGAAAAAACAACAUUUGCGUUAGUCUUUGUGUUAUUCUCAACAUCGAAUUAACAUUUAUUUACCCAAGCCAGGGACGCAUCCAGCAGCUGUCGGUAAAAAAGCUCUACUCAGAAGAGCCUUUUAUUUAGGAACCCGGGGUUAAAAACGUCUAUAUUUAGCCGUAAAUUUAUCAGGGGGUGCAAAUUGUAAACAAUUAUUAUAUGCAGUAAUAAAACACAUGUGUGUCUAUAGAAAUAAAUAAUAAUUUGCGUACUUUGAAUAACAAUACGCGAUGCAAAAAAGUGCAAAUGGAGUUUUUAUUUCGAAAUCAAUAGCGCCGUAGAUUUAUAAAACAUAUUACACCCUGGAGAAUUGGUAACAAUAAAAGCAACGAGCGUGAAGAGCUAUUCGAUUUUACAUAAUAGAACAGAGCCAUGUGAUUAUGGUACGAUAAUUUCAUUGGUUAAAUUUGUCAGGUGAUCGCCACAGUUUUUGACGUGAAUAGAAUAACAAAGUUGUUUAUUUCAAAAAAAUAUUCUCAAAGUUUUUCAUUGCUGAUGUGGAAGCUGAGGAAAGAAGUUGUCAAGAUUAGUUAGCCUAAAACAUAUUGUGGCAGGCGUGCUAACUGAUAAAAAAGAUUAAAAAAAUAGUAAAACUACCCUACCAGAUAUUGUUUAUGAAGCAAAAUGACUGGCAGGAAUCAAAAUUCUCAAAGAAAACGAUAUCAAGGUGAUGGCAGAGAGAGUCCAAGUGGCAACAGCACUUAUUCAAGUCAGGACUCUCCUUCCCCAACAAAUUUCGGAAUAAUAAACUUGAAUGGACGUAGUUCGCCGCUUUCAAUUCCAUAUAAUGGAUAUUCAUCGUCUGACUCAGAAGACGAAAGCAGGUUACCUUAUGCUGGGGCGAAAUUUAACAGCCCACCACCAGCUAAUGUUUUACCAGUGCCUCCUUCAAGCUGGCUGAUGUCAUCCCAAGCUGACCAGGUUUCUUUAAACAUUAUGUCUCAGCAUUUAAGACAAAUGUUAAAGGUAACUGCAUAAUUAAGAUCAACUAAUGCAUAUCACUCAAAUAGUUUAUAAAGACUUACUAUUCUCAAUUUUAUUACGUUUACGUUACUUUCAAACUGUUUAAUUUUUUUCUUUUAUGCAGUAACGUAUACUUUUUACGGGUUAAAAGAGUAGUUAAUGUUUGGAAAGCAGCUUUUUAUUUUGCUGCGUUUGUAUAUACAUUACUCUGUCAAUCCGACGUGUAGAUUAGGUGAAAUUUGUGUAUAUGUAUAAAAAGAGAUUUAGUUUUUUUGUAAUUUUUGACGGAUUUUAUGACAUAUUUUGUUAAUUUACUUUCUUAAAUUAGUAAAUUAGCUUCAACAACAUUUUUGGUAGGUGGUUUUCAGCAACAGAAUUUAAUAUAUAAGAAGCCUUAUUAUUCUAGGUAGCUAACUAGUUACAGUCUAAAAGUCUUAGUUCUAAUUUUUUGCUUCCAAUUGGAGUAUUUAAAAUCUCUACUCUAUGAAACUCCUACCAAGAAUAGUUGACUGACUGACUGAUUAACUGACCAACAGACAGACAUAUCAAUUUAUUCUUUUCAGACCGUUCUAAACGGUAAAUAGCUAUAUAUAUAUAUAUUUGUUUUGUAAAUUUGACCGUAACUUUUAAAGCAUUAUGCUAAAUAUGUACAUGGAGACUGGUUAAGUUGCAAUCAUGGGAAAGUUGAACUAGAAAAGUAAAAACAGACAAUUUAGUGUUUACAAAAGAGAGCUAUAUAGCUAAGCAUCCAGAAGAAAAUUUUUAAGGAAACCAAAGAAGAAGUAUAUAUAUGUGAUCAUCUUCUAGUUAAUUCUUCAAAUGGAUUCAAGACAACACAAGUUUUUACAUUUUGGUAUAAAGAAAAGCUGAAAAGAACAAAUACACUGAAGACAUACUGACUUGGUCCUUUUUAGGACCUCACAUCUUAAAAAAAAUAUUAUGGCAUUUUGACUGUCGAGCCUUUGUAUCGUA